AUGAAAAGAUUUGUGUCUUUAAAUGGCGAGUUGAAGUUGACAAAUAUGAAAUCUCACGAUUGUCAUAUCAUGAUGCAAACCUUCUUACCCAUUGAAAUUCGUGGGAUAAUUCCAAAGAAUGUGAGACAUACAAUUACUAGUCUUUGUUCAUUUUUCAAUACGAUAUGUAGCAAAGUGCUUGAUCCAUCAACACUCGAUGAACUUCAGAACAAAGUAAUCCAAACAUUAUGCGAAUUUGAGAUGUAUUUUCCACCUACGUUCUUUGACAUAAUGGUUCAUUUAAUUUGCCAUCUUGUUCGAGAAAUUAAGUUGUGCGGUCCAGUGUUCUUGAGGUGGUGUUAUCCUUUUGAGAGACACAUGGGUGUUUUACAAGAUAAACUGAGGAAUCCUGCACAACCAGAAGGUAGUAUGAGUCAGGCAACGUGGGUGAAGAAGUUGGAAAUUUGGUGGCCGACCGUCCACCCGUAUUUGGUGAUGCAUAAGCAGGAAUUGGCUAAUGAAUACCCUUCCAAAGGGGAAAGAGAAUUGACGCAAUUGCAUAAUAGAGAGUUCAUUACAUGGUUCCAAGAUAAGGUAAUGGGUGAAAUAGAGGUAGAUGGCAAUACUGUUUGUGAAACUGUUCAAUAUCUAUCUCUUAGUCCUCGGGAAGUCGUGCAGUCAUAUCAGGGUUAUGAUGUCAAUGGAUACACAUUUUGGACCGAGCGCCAAGAUCAGAAGUCCUUGUCAGUGCAAAAUAGUGGUGUCUCCCUUGUGGUGUCAUCAAGAGAGUAUGCUAGUUCUAAGGAUAGAUAUCCGGUUGAUGCCGAGUUGUCUUACUAUGGGCGAGUCCAAGAUAUAUGGGAGCGUAAGUACGGAACAAAAUUGACUGUUGGUCUGUUUUGGUGCAAGUGGGCUGAUAAUAAUAAGAGGUGUGUAAAAAGGGAUGAUCCUUGUGGGUUCACUCAUGUAGACCUGGGUCGUUUGCGUGAGACUGAAGAGCCAUUUAUACUUGUAUCACAAGCUAAGCAAAUAUUUUAUAUAACCGACCCUGCCGAUAAGAAGUGGUCAAUUGUUGUACCGGGAAAGAGAAACAUCCUCGGUGUCGGUGAUGUUGAGGAUGAGGACGAGUAUGAUGCUUUUGAUGAUACACCUCCUUUCACCAAUACCGAAACUGAAGUGACAAACAAUGUGGAUAAUGACACAAAUUACAUGCGUUCAGAUCACACAGAAGGAAUACUUGUUGAUGACAAAAUCUAA